CAUGGCAAGUCCAAGAACAAGGAAGGUCCUUAAAGAAGUGCGAGUGCAAGAAGAGAAUAAUGUUUGUUUUGAGUGUGGCGCUUUUAACCCUCAGUGGGUGAGUGUGACAUACGGAAUUUGGAUCUGCCUGGAAUGCUCAGGAAAACACAGAGGCUUGGGUGUUCAUCUCAGUUUUGUGCGCUCUGUUACAAUGGACAAAUGGAAGGACAUUGAACUGGAGAAAAUGAAGGCUGGCGGGAAUAGCAAAUUCCGGGAAUUCUUAGAGUCUCAAGAAGAUUAUGAUCCUUGCUGGUCACUGCAGGAGAAAUACAACAGCAAAGCCGCUGCGCUCUUCAGAGAUAAGGUGGCUACAUUGGCUGAGGGUAAAGAAUGGUCAAUUGAAACCUCUUCUGCCAGAGACUGGACUCCGCCUCAGCCCAAAGUUGCUUUGUCCUCAGCUCACCGAAGUUCUGCUGGACAACCCCAGAACGCUGGUGCCUCUUCUGACAAAGCCUUUGAAGACUGGUUGAACGAUGAUAUUGGCUCUUACCAAGGUGGCCAAGAGAAUCGCUAUGUGGGGUUUGGGAACACAGUAACGCCUCCGAAAAAGGAAGAUGACUUUCUCAAUAACGCCAUGUCUUCGCUGUAUUCAGGAUGGAGCAAUUUUACAUCUGGAGCAAGCAAGAUUGCUUCGGCAGCUAAAGAGGGUGCUACCAAAUUUGGAUCUCAAGCAAGCCAAAAGUUUUGGGGCCACAAACAGCAGGCGGAGCCGGCUUCAGAGUUAGGUCAGACUUUAAAUGAAAAUGUUCUCAAACCUGCACAGGAAAAGGUGAAGGAAGGGAAAAUCAUGGAGGAUAUGACCCAGGGAGUCUCACACUUGGCUUCCAAGGUCCAGGGAGUAAGUACUAAGGGCUGGCGAGAUGUUACCACUUUUUUUUCUGGAAAAUCUGAUGAGCCUUCUGAAAGGCCACCCGAGGGAGACAGCUACCAGAACAGUGGCGGCGAAGGCUACCAGAACCAUGCAGUAGAUCAAAGCUUUUGGGAGACCUUUGGGAACUCGGACCCACCCAAGACUCACAAGUCCCCAAGCAGCGACAGCUGGACGUACGUGGACAAUUCUACCGAGAAGAAGAGUUCCGAUAGUUGGGAUGUCUGGGGGUCUGGGACAGUCUCCAAUAACAAGAACAGUAACAGUGACAGCUGGGAAAACUGGGAGACCAGUUGGGAGAACGCAGGAGGGGAGGGCAAAGCCAAAAAGACCCCUAAGAAGGCAACAAAAGAAUCUUCUUCGGCAGCUGAAGAAGGGUGGGACAACCAGCACUGGUAG